UCUUCCAGUCUGUCACAUUUCUUGCAGUCAUCACAUGGUCUCCUGGAUAAAGCAUCAGCAUGCCCUAUGCUUGUUCCUUUCACAUGGACCACUUGGAAUUUGUAUGGUGCUAAUCUUUCAAGCCAACGUGCAAGCUUACCUGUAGGAUUUUUGAAAUUCUUUAACCAUUGCAAGGCUGCAUGGUCUGUUUUAACCACGAAUGGUGCACCUGCCAGAUAGCCUGUGUCCCAGAUAGGAAACUUCUGGCUGGAAUAACUCACAUUUCUUUGCUUUUAGCAAGAAACCUGCUGCUCUGAUCCUGUUGAAUAGAGCCUCUAAUCUUUGCAACAUUUCUGGGAAAUUAUCCCCACCUAUGCAGAUAUCAUCAAGACAGUUCGGUGCAUUUGUCUACCAAUGCCUGGAGAUCCUUAGGGAGUGGUUCACUCUCCUUAAUCUCUGGCAUACUUGGUGUCGUGUUAUAUUCUGCAUCUACGAACUGAGUUGUCUCAUGGUGUACCACAUUUACCUGUGCUGUAUCCUCUGUAUCUUCCUCUCCUCCUUCCAUUUUGUACAUCCAUCAUCAUUGACUGCGCUGUAUGAGAAUUUGUCAAUUGUGGAGUAUAGCCUGCUAAACAACUCUCAUCUUUCUUAUUCAGAUUUGUAUUCUUAUUCCAUGAGUAUGAUAACUUUAGAUUUCAUUAAUAUUUGUUGUCGAAUUGUUUCAUAA